AUGAUGCGACGACGUAUCUUCUGCAAACUUUUGUGUCUUUGCAGUGAGAAACAUAUUGAGGGCAAAAAAGAGAUAUCAUAUAAUCACGUUGUCUUUGUGAAUGGACUGAUAGUUCAACUUCAUUCUCCUCGUGGUGUCAUGUCCGUCCGGACACAUCGUCCAUCAGCAUCGGACGACGUGUUAGCAGGCGGAGUGGGCGCCGUAUCAUCCCUCAGGGACGCCAACAAUAAUCCAGUGAAGAGUCCCGGGUUCGGAAAGAAAGGAGCAGCAGAAUGA